AGCGCCGGCUGGGGGUAGCUGAAUCUGUUGGGAUUAGCCUUCACAGUCAACACAUUGACCACACACAUUUCACACACGCACCGAUGGCCUGGUUCUGCAAACACCAGGACGCCAACAGCCACCUUGUGUGACACCCACAUAAGGGAACCCUUAUCCGGUCACGAUGUCGUCCCUGGAGGAGGAGCUGACCUGCUCUGUGUGCCGAGACAUCUUCAGCCAAGCUCUUCCUCUGCCCUGUGGUCACAGCUUCUGCCCUGCCUGCAUCCGCGAGGCGUGGAGGGAUCAGGGUGAGGGCAAAAGUCGCUUCGUCUGCCCCCAGUGUCAGGAGGAGCACGGCGAGGUGCUGUGUGACAGCUGCUCUCCAGAGGCAGCGGAGGGACAGCCAGCACUGGCUGUCAAGACCUGCCUGAGGUGUGAAGUAUCUUUGUGUGCAGCACAUCUCCAACCGCAUCUGGAGAGGCCUGCGUUCAGCACCCACCUUUUGGUGGAUCCGCUGGGCGACCUCUCCCAGCGACGGUGCCCAGAGCACACUGAGAUACUGCGCUACUACUGCGCCGAUGAGAGGGUGUACGUGUGUGGGGACUGUCUGCUGGAGGGGGGCCAUGCUCAGCACAAAGUGAAGGCGCUGAGACAGGUGGAGGAGGAUCUGAAGGUCAUUCUGCAGACCCUGCUCAUAAAAGCAGAGGAGAAGCUGAGAGAUGGAGAGCGAAUCCUCAAAGAGCACGAGAAUAUUGAUUCCACCAUGGCUGACUGCAUGAAACAGGAUGAGACCCAGGUGGAGCGGCUGGGCUCAGACCUGCAGGUCCAGGUGAGGAGGCUGGUGGUCGAUAUGAGGGACAUCACCAGGAGGGAGAGAGAGCAGGUCAUAGAGCGAGUGCACGAAGACUGCUCCAAGGUGAGGGAGGACAUGACCCAGACGCUGAGCAUCCAGCACUAUCUGGCCUCGCUGCUGGCAGAGACAGACCCCUUCCUGCUCAUCUGGGCCUUUCAAUCAGAUGACACAAAGUUACUAGCCGAGCUGAGCAGCCCACUUUACGUCCCUGAUACCGUCAGUCUAGAUAGGAAACACAUCUUGGAGGACAUUGAAAACAAGUAUCGCGAGUUUAUCACUGCCACCCUCCGCUGCCUCAGUGAACUCAAGCGGGAGCUUUUAACCAGCCCCUUGACUCUGGACACUAACACAGCCCAUCCUCUGUUGAGCAUCUCUGAUGAUCUUCGCUCAGUGACGCGGGUGAAAAACCGUCUGCCCUGUGCUGCUCACCCCGAACGUUUCGACCACUGGCCGCAGGUUCUCACCUGCCAGACCUUCUCAUCUGGGACUCACUACUGGGAGUUGGAGGCUGAGGGAUUCUGGGAUAUCGGCGUCUGCUAUAGAAGUAUUGGACGGAAGGGGAAAGAAGGCAACGCCUUUGGGAACAACAAGGUAUCUUGGAGCUUGACGCAGCAGCAUGACAGGAAGCUGGCUGCCUGGCACAACCGCAGGAAGACUCGUCUGACCUACCAAAUGACCGGCAACAGGGUCGCCGUCGCUGUGGACUACGGCGCGGGCACCAUCACCUUCUCCGAGGUGGGAACAUCUUGCAGCCUGACCCACCUCCACACGUUCUCUGCCACGUUUACCCACCCGCUGUGCUUGGGCUUCGGACUCUACAAAGCUGAGCUCAACAGCCGCAUUUCUGUCGUCAAAGUCUGAGUUGGAGAGAGAGGGGCAAGGAGGAGAGAACAAUAACUUUGACGAAACCAUGGCAUGAGAGAAGCGGCAAUGAUUUGUUUCCGUGCUUCUGGAGCCACAUGACCCCGAGAUGGAAAUUUUCGCAUGAGCCUCUCUGAUGUUCCCUCAGAUCUAAGCCAAAUAAAGAGACAACACCGCAUCUCCUAAAAGUGUGAUCAGGUGAUACUGGCAUGGAAAUGUUUUUUUUUCCAUCAGAGAAAACUGACAAUGGAGCAUUUAAUAAGUGAACAUGAGUGGAUCCUGCCAGGACAUCAAAUGAAACGGACAGAAAGAUGCUUGAUUGUUAUGUGAUUACGCAUACAGAUGACUGUUGAUUGGAAGUUAUUACAAUUACGUUAAAAAGGAGGUCGUAAAUAUUAGUAACCCUUGCCAGAAAUAAUUUUCUCAGAUGUUUGUGAUGUUGGGAACUAACCUACCCCGUCCGUCUUUCAGAACCUCUUAUGGCCUACCUCAGUUGUGAAUACCAAAUGACAUCUGUGUUUUUUGGAAAUUAGGUGUAUCAUAACGAGGCCGGUGCAAGUGUGUUUAUGUUUGAAAUCCCACUGAAAUAAUAUCUUUUGAAGAUGAUGCACAUAUCCUGUUAAUCCAGUAUCUUCUAUGAAAGAAGCUACCCAACUACACAAUGUGGCACUGGAUGUGUAAAUGUUUCCCCAUGAAAGUGCAAAAGCGAAAAUAAUAAAGGGAAAUUUUUGA